CUUAUUGUCUGAGAUUCGACGAGAGGUUUGGUUAUUGUCCCUUGGAUUUGGAGUAUGAUUAUACGCCUCAUUGCUGUUAAAAAAUCUAUGGAAAAACAAGAAAAGUUGUUCAUAGCUGGGACAAAGUUCAGCCAGAGGGACGCCUUUAGAGAAUCCUGAUCUCUAAAAUAUCUGUCCCAAACUGCUCCUAUAAAGAUUUUGCAGGAACAUCUUGUCGUGUUCACGUUCACAAAUACAACGCUUGUGUUUUUGAAAAACACUGUGGAAAAUGGUUGGAUUCAGGCCUGCAGAUGUGCCACCUUCGGCAGCUGUAAAGUUUGUGGGAGCAGGAACUGCAGCCUGCAUCGCUGACCUGCUCACCUUUCCCUUAGACACAGCCAAAGUGCGACUGCAGAUCCAAGGAGAGACCAGAGGCUCUGCUGCUACAGGGAGCGGCUCUACGGUGAAGUAUCGAGGGGUGUUCGGCACCAUCGCCACCAUGGUGCGUACUGAGGGUCCUCUGAGUCUUUACAGUGGGCUGGUGGCAGGACUCCAGAGGCAGAUGAGCUUUGCGUCUGUCCGAAUUGGUCUCUACGACUCUGUUAAACAGUUCUACACUAAAGGCUCUGACCAUGUGGGCAUUGGGAGUCGGCUGCUGGCUGGAUCUACCACAGGUGCCUUGGCGGUUGCCAUUGCUCAGCCCACAGACGUGGUGAAAGUUCGCUUCCAGGCACAGGCCAGAUGUCUUGGCCGUGCCAGACGCUACUGUAGCACAGUGGAUGCUUACAAGACAAUUGCCAAGGAGGAAGGCAUUUGUGGUCUGUGGAAAGGCACAGCUCCAAACAUUGCACGUAACGCUAUUGUUAACUGCACAGAACUGGUGACCUAUGACUUCAUCAAGGAUAUGCUCCUUAGGUCCACGCAGCUGACAGAUAAUCUGCCCUGCCAUUUUGCAUCAGCCUUUGGUGCGGGGUUGUGCACAACAGUGAUCGCCUCCCCUGUUGAUGUGGUCAAGACAAGAUACAUGAACUCUGCUCUUGGCCAGUACAGCAGCGUUCUCAACUGUGCUGCUGCCAUGAUGACCAAUGAAGGCCCGCGUGCUUUUUACAAAGGGUUUAUCCCGUCUUUCUUACGCCUGGGGUCCUGGAACGUGGUCAUGUUUGUGACGUACGAGCAGCUGAAACGAGCAAUGAUGGCAGCGAAUCACAGCUGCAAAGCUUAUCUGUAAUCUCUACUGUCUCUCGAUGGGCUCGUGUUCGACCACACUCACAUUGUCUUUCAUUUUUGUUAUCUUCCAGCGUGUUUACAGAAAUAUUCUGACAUAGUGCAAAGUGCAAAUAAAAACAGAAAGACACGA